ACGCUUCGGUUAAACUAACGUUACACAGGAACCCGUUAUUUGCCCUGCUGUGAGGCAGCACUACACGUCUGUGUUGGUCCUGGCAGGAUGACAGUUCUCAAGGCUCUUUAACUCGGGUCAGUGAGCGGCCCAUUCUGACAGAAAAUUGGAUUAGAACAACGAGCGCUGUUUAAGAAACCAGUUUUAAGACGGGCUCCUCCUCCGUCACGCCACCCUUCCCACGAGACCGUCGGGUGUUUGACCUCUGGCUCAGGUUGCUCUGUUUUAUUCCUCUUGACAACAAUAUCCCGACCGACCGCUGCGGACAUGGCAACAUCCAGCGAAUGCAGCUACAGCUAUGAGAACUACAAAGAAACCGCAGAUUGGCUGCUUGCUAACACAGAUAUCAGGCCCAAAGUGGCAAUUAUCUGUGGUUCAGGACUUGGUGGAUUGGCUGACCUUCUUGACAACAAGAAAGUGUUUCCUUAUGACAAAAUCCCCCACUUUCCGCAUAGCACAGUGCAAGGACAUAAAGGUCAGCUGGUGUUUGGAGAGGUGAAUGGAAAGCAGUGUGUUUGCAUGCAAGGCCGCUUCCACUUCUAUGAGGGCUAUAACAUUGCCACAGUCACAUAUCCAGUAAGAGUGUUUUUCCUACUUGGGAUUGAGACUCUGAUUGUUACCAAUGCUGCCGGAGGACUCAAUUCUGAAUUUAAAGUGGGAGACAUCAUGUUGAUCAAAGACCACAUCAAUAUGCCUGGCUUUGCAGGCCAAAAUCCCCUGUGUGGGCGCAAUGAGGAAAGAUUUGGAGUGCGCUUUCCCUGCAUGUCUGAUGCUUAUGAUAGAGACUUUGCACGGAUGGCCAGGGAGACGGCCCAAGAACUAGGCUGUGGAUCUUUCCUCCAGGAGGGUGUUUACUGCAUGCUGGCUGGACCAUCCUUUGAGACGAUUGCAGAAUGCAAGGUUCUACGGAUGCUUGGGGCGGAUGCUGUGGGUAUGAGUACCGUUCCAGAGGUGGUGGUCGCUCGUCACUGUGGGAUGCGUGUGUUUGGACUCUCCCUCAUCACCAACAAAGUAGUGGCUGACUACAAAAGCACAGAAAAGGCUAAUCAUGAGGAGGUCCUGGAAACCACCCGUAUGCGAACCGAAGACCUGCAGAACUUAGUCAGCAAUUUAGUGGCAAAAAUGUAGUGUACAACAUUUACCAAAUUUAGUACAGAAAUCUUGAUAUACAUGAUUUGCACUUAGACAGCUAAUAAUGUAGAAAGACAUGCAGUAUAUGCUCUUUAUUGCUUCUCAUAUAUCCUAUUCAGGGUUAAAGUAACUUUAUGAACUUUCCAGUGCCACAAGACUCUCUGAGUAAACAUUUAGGCUAGGUUCCUUCUGUUUACAGUUGAUAUUAUUCAUACUGCUGUGUAUACUGGGUAAUAAUAUGACAAAUAUACUAUAUAAUGCAUUCACAUCCUUCCUGAAAUGAAUAUUAAGAACAACUGAGAAUAGAAGCAUUACAUAAGUAUCAUUCUUGUCAUUAUCUCUUGAAAGAAGAGUUAAAGAACAAACAUGAAAAGGGACAAACUUACACUGCAAUACAAUGAUGUAAUUUUCUUAACUGUAUGAAAGGGAUUUCAGUUGCAAAUAUUAAAUGAGGAGAUACAGUGCAA